GCCAGAGCACUGAGAGAUAUUAGGUAUUGAUGUAACUGGAGUGAAUAAGGGAACCUUCUUCCUGAGCACAGACAUUGGAGCCUGUUAUCAGCAUGAACUCAUUUGUGUUAGACAAACACGUGAAAAAUCCAUCUGCAUUCUUCACUACAGGAAGCAUCAGAAUGAUACCACAGGCUCCAUCAUUUUUAGACACUAAUAACUAUUCACAAACAUUUGGGAAAUCGCAGCAGAUAUUUAAAGAAGUUGAUGAAUUGUCAGGAACUGGGCAGCAAUCAUUAUGUACAGAGAGUAAUUUAGUCAUCAAAAAAGAGGACAAGAUUUAUGCCUUAUCUAGUGAAAUGAUUAUCCCAGAGGAUAAACCACAAACAUUUACCAAGCUUUCAAAAAAAUUUAAAGAAGAGAAAAGUCUGCAGUCUAACCAAAUGAUUCAUACAAAGGAGAAACCUUUCAAAUGUACAGAAUGUGAGAAAAGCUUUAGAUGGAAGUCUCGUCUCCUAGUACACCACAAAAUUCACACAGGUGAGAAGCCAAACACAUAUCCUGAGUGUGGAAAAGGUUUAAAACAAAUGACAAAACUUAUAGCUCAUAAAAGGACCCACACAGGGGAGAAACCAUUUAGCUGUACAGAGUGUGAAAAAAGUUUUACAGAGAAGAGUAGUCUGAAAAAACAUGAAAAGAAUCACACAGGAGAAAAGUUUUUCACAUGUACAGAGUGUGGAAAUAGUUUUACACAAAAGAUUGAUCUGAAAAAGCAUGAAAAUAUUCACAUGGGGGAAAAGCCUUUCACAUGUACAGAGUGUGGGAAAAGUUUUACACAAAAGAGUAGUCUGAAAACUCAUGAAAGGAUUCACACAGGGGAAAAGCCUUUCACAUGUACAGAGUGUGGAAAAUGUUUUACACAAAAGAGUGAUCUGAAAAUACAUGAAAGGAGUCAAACAGGAGAAAAACCUUUCACAUGUACAGAGUGUGGAAAAUGUUUUACACAAAAGAAUGAUCUGAAAAAACAUGAAAGGAUUCACACAGGGGAAAAGCCUUUCACAUGUACAGAGUGUGGGAAAAGUUUUACACGAAUGGAUCAUCUGAAAUCUCAUGAAAAUAUUCACACAGGGGAAACGCCUUUCACAUGUACAGAGUGUGGAAAAUGUUUUACUGGAAAGAGUAAUCUGAAAAAACAUGAAAGGAGUCACACAGGAGAAAAACCUUUCACAUGUACAGAGUGUGGAAAAAGUUUUACACAAAAGAGUAGUCUGAAAAAACAUGAAAGGAUUCACACAGGGGAAAAGCCUUUCACAUGUACAGAGUGUGGAAAAAGGUUUACACAAAAGAGUGAUCUGAAAAAGCAUGAAAGGAUUCACACAGGGGAAAAGCCUUUCACAUGUACAGAGUGUGGAAAUAGUUUUAGAUAUAUAAGUUAUCUGAAAAUUCAUGAAAGGAUCCACACAGGAGAAAAGCCUUUCACAUGUACAGAGUGUGGAAAAAGUUUUACACAAAUAAAUCAUCUGAAAACUCAUGAAAUGAUUCACACAGGAGAAAAUCCUUUUACAUGUACAGAAUGUGGAAAAUGUUUUACACAAAUAAGUAGUCUGCAAUAUCAUGAAAGGAAUCACACAGGAGAAAAGCCUUUCACAUGUACAGAGUGUGGAAAAAGUUUUACACAAAUAAGUAGUCUGAAAUAUCAUGAAAGGAAUCACACAGGAGAAAAGCCUUUCACAUGUACAGAGUGUGGAAUUUUUUUUACAGAAAAGAGUAGUCUGAAAAUUCAUGAGAGGAUUCACACAGGAGAAAAGCCUUUCACAUGUACAGAGUGUGGAAAUAGUUUUAGAUAUAUAAAUUAUCUGAAAAUUCAUGAAAGGAUUCACACAGGAGAAAAGCUUUUCACAUGUACAGAAUGUGGAAAAAGUUUUACACAAAUAAAUCAUCUGAAAACUCAUGAAAUGAUUCACACAGGAGAAAAGCCUUUCACAUGUACAGAAUGUGGAAAAUGUUUUACACAAAUAAGUAGUCUGCAAUAUCAUGAAAGGAAUCACACAGGAGAAAAGCCUUUCACAUGUACAGAGUGUGGAAAUAGUUUUACAAAAAAGAGUGAUCUGAAAAAGCAUGAAAGGAUUCACACAGGAGAAAAGCCUUUCACAUGUACAGAGUGUGGAAUUUUAUUUAAAGAAAAGAGUAGUCUGAAAACUCACGAAAGGAUUCACACAGGAAAAAAACUUUCACAUGUACAGAGUGUUGAAAAAGUUUUACAUAUAUGAGUAAUAUGAAAACUCAUGAAAGGAGUCACACAGGAGAAAAGCCUUUCACAUGUACAGAGUGUGGAAAAUGUUUUACAGAUAAGUGUAAUCUGAGAAAACAUGAAAGUAUUCACAAGGGAAGAAACCUUUCACAUGUUUAGAAAGUGGAAAAAAGAUUUUUUAUUGAAGACGGGUAUCACAAAACACCAAAUAUUUACACACAGAUACAUUUUAUAUACACAGUGUACAAACUUAUUUACAAUUAUUCUAAAGAGGACAAACUCUCUAAAUAGAAGCAUCAAAAAGGAUCAUAUUGUAAAUAAUACUUUCUAAAUCCCAUUUAUAAAAGCCCCAAAUUAGAAAAGCU